AUGACUCAAUAUUUGCCUCCCAAUUUAUUGGCCCUUUUUGCGCCUCGUGAUCCAAUUCCAUACUUACCACCCGUGGAAAAACAUAAAAAUCAUCGCAAACUUCCAUACACUGGUGUUGCUCAAUUCUUGGGCGAGUUUGAGGAUCCUUCAUUAACUCCUGCUCCGGCAAGAAUUGAAACAAGAGAAGAAAGAAAAGCGCGGAAACGCAAGGAGAAGCAAGAGAAGGCAAAUUACAAGCUUGAACGAGAUUUGGCUUUGUGUAUGUUUGCUUUAGUCCUUUUCAUUACUUGUUUAGGGAAUCCAAAGAAGCUAACUGACGGAACGGAAAAUCCACACAACACACUCUUUAACUAUGAUACUACUGAACACAAGCUCCGAAGAGAGUUUGACGAAUUCGGUCCAAUCAAGAAGAUAUGCAUAAUUAAGGAUGUUAAUACUAAUAAACCACGGGGAUAUGCCUUCAUUGAAUUUGAACACGAACGAGACAUGCAUGCCGCCAAGAAGGAUAUGAAUGGUCGUAAAAUCGAUGGUCACCGAAUUCUGACGGAUGUUGAACGUGGGAGAACACGUGCAGACUGGAGACCAAGAAGAUUAGGUAAGGGUCUUGGUAAGUCCCGUAGUGUCCCGAGUGACUCCAAACGGGAUGAUAAAAGACGAGAUGACGAUCGUGAUCGCUAUAGGGAUCGUGACAGGGACCGCGAUCGUUAUCGUGACAGAGACAGCAGGAGACGUCGAAGUAGGUCCAUAGACGAUAGGCGCCGACGCAGUCGUAGUCGGGAUAAGAAGAGAAGUCGUGAUCGUUCGAGGGAUUAUAGUCGAAGAGAUAGGUAUCGUAAGGACGACAUAUCUCAAUACGGUGAGUAUGGCGCGGAAAUCAAGGCGGAGUAUAACGAUUACUGA